AUGUCUGAUGACAGGACCCGGCAAUGGAUGUUUCAGGUUGACCAAGAAAGAAUCGGUGGCAUCAUUCACAUCGGAGGCAUUAUUCGCACCGUCUAUACACCACCGCGUUCAAAGCUAUCAAAAGUAUCGUCUGGAGCACGACUGACAAUGGCACCAAUGGCACCGUCUAAUGCACGACCAGCGACAUCGGGAGAAAAUGGUGGGAUGGAGAACAAGGCAGAGGGACAAGUGUCUGGACAGAUGAUGAUGAACAUAAAGGAGGAGAUGAUAGAGGAACUGAAUGAUGAUAACAUUAUCGAGAUGAAGGGUUAA